AUGUUCGGUGGUGGCUUCCUCAACCUUCCUCCGGGUUUCGCUUAUCUUAAAACACCAUUCCCAUAUCAGUGGCCGGAAAUAGAGCUCCCCCCAGUUCAAAGCGAUUAUGACUAUCUACCGGAACCAUCAUCCAAGGAGGAGAAAUCUGAAGCAUUAGUAUUCCCGCCCUCUUCACCAUCGCCGGAACUAAAAUCUGAAGCAUUAGUAUUCCCGCCCUCUUCACCAUCGCCGGAACUAAAAUCUGAAGCAUUAGUAUUCCCGCCCUCUUCACCAUCGCCGGAACUAUCAUCCAAGGAGGAGAAAUCCGAAGCAUUAGUAUUGCCCUCUUCACCGCUACCUUCAUUACCACCACCGUCGCCGCCGCCCAUUUCUUUACCACCACAGCAGUCGCCGCCGCCCGUUUCUUUACCACCACAGUCGCCGCCGCCUGUUUCAUUACCGCCACCGUCGCCGCCCUAUUCACCACAGUAUGAACCACCGGAACCGGGGGAACUGCCGGAGUUUGUUAUAUACGAAGAUAUAAUUGCUAAUCCCGAAAUUAUAGACUUGAAGACUAAUCCAGAACAGCAAUACUUUGGUCGAGCUGGACUUGAAUGCUACAAUUUCCAAAAGGGGACAAACUUGGAGUUUCAUGAUUUUUUCAAGUUAGAAAGUACCAAAACAUCAUUGGAUCUCGGAAUAUAUGCUGCAGUAGGACGCACUUCCGGUUGGGAGAUUGAAACAUGUGUUGCGUAUGAAGAUUGUUUGCGUUUGAUUAUUAUGCUCCGCUGCGGCAAAUUGGGUAACUGCGUAGGUGGCUUUGACAAUCUCUCCGUGGAUGCUUCUUUCAAAGGUGAUAUGCCCUACUGUUUGGCUAACGAAACAUUAAGGAAUGACGAAAAGCUUGAUGACCGGAUUUACUACUGGCUGGAAAACUCAGAGGUGGAAGAAUACAAGCAAUUGUUUGAAGUGUACGCACAACUCGCUUUGCUCACCCAUUUUGAAUCUCUCAAGCUAGUGUGCUGGGCAAUGCCACUUCAGGUGGCAAGUGUACUUGUGCAAACCAGACCAGACGUGGCACCCAAGGACAAGGUCAAAGCCGAUCAUGCAAUCUUCUACAUAAGGUUUUUAACCCGUCACGGUUUUUGCUUCCUUGCCAUCAUAAGGAGAACAAGUGACGGAAAUCCACAUCACAUUUCGCUUGAAGUCAAGUGCUUGAGUUAUUGA